CCCCCCCCCCCUCCCAUCACCACCUUGCAUACUCAAGGGGCGGCUCCUUUAUCCGCGUCGUCACGCGCUCUUUGUCCACAAACUUACACCCACCGGUCCCAAGGGAGCUUUGACAGACACGACACAAACACCCACGUUCCUGCCUACGUCCUACCUACAUCCUACGUACCUAUCCUCCGAGAACCCCCCGGGAUGAGAUAGCCCGCCAUGCAGCAAUUCACCCAACUGAAGCACUGGAGACGGCCGUCUCAGCGGCAAUCGCACGAUCCGGUCUUGACGGCGGAGGAUGAGGCGUUUUUGCAGGAGAUAAUGGCCGACCCGGCGAACCAGGAGUCCGCUGUGUCGCCCACCGAGGCUGAUCAUCAGCUUUCGCCCGUUUCUCCUAUGCCCAUGGAACCUUUGGAUACCGUGCAGUCGCCUGUGUCGCCGGUGGAGGAGUUUGGGAGAGAGCUAGGGGAGGAAGAGCGGAAAGCGAGGGAGAGGACGGAGCGGCCUCAGAGUGUUUCCCAGGGAUCGAAGGCGGAAGCGCCCUCGCAGAAGAAGAGGUCGUGGAGUUGGUUUCGGAGAAAAAGUACGGUUGAUAAGAAGGGCAAGGAAACCAUCGAUGAAGCAGUCGCAACAUCCCCGAGUGACACGCAGGUCUCCGAUAACAAAAAUGACGAGGACGCCAAACAGGAAGAGGAGGAUAUGACGGAGAUACUCGAGCGUCUGAACUUGGCAGCGGAGAACAACCGGGUGUUCUCCAUCAGUGACGAUACGCGGGAGCUUCUACGCAAGUUCACGUUGAUCUUCAAAGAUCUGAUCAACGGUGUUCCCACUGCCUAUCACGAUCUAGAGAUGCUCCUGAAGAACGGCAAUAAACAGUUGCAGAGCACCUAUUCCACGCUCCCGAAGUUUAUCCAGAGUCUGAUCGAGAAGCUUCCGGAGCGAUGGACGGAGACCUUGGCCCCCGAGGUUCUCGCGGCUGCCACCGAGAAGGCUGGCAGGAGCGGCAUCAACGUGGACAACGUAGGCAAGGCCGCGGCGACAGCAAGCAAGAUGGGGAUCAAGGUCCCCACGCUGAAGGAACUGGUUGGAAAGCCAGCCGCGCUCGGCGGGAUGUUACGGUCUAUCAUGGCCUUCCUACGAGCACGGUUCCCUGCGGUGCUGGGGAUGAACGUGCUGUGGUCAUUGGGGCUGUUCAUCCUUCUAUUUGUUCUCUGGUACUGCCAUAAACGUGGGCGGGAGGUCCGACUCGAAAAUGAGCGUCUCGUCACAGAAGACGAGAUCGGGAAGUUGAAUGAGGAAUCAUCUGAAGAGAGGAUCCGCACCACUGAGACGCUGACAACCACGGCUCCUCGGGGAGCCUCUGCAGCAGAAGUCCGCCAGGGGGUCAAAGAAGCACAACGGGCGCGAGAGGCAGCCGCUGCAACUGCUGCCACCAGUCCCAAGGAGCCAGAAAACGAGAGUAGUGCUAAUAGUAAAAACAACUCGUCCACGAGACCCAAGCGAUCCAAGUCCAUUAUGGCAAUUUGGUCUAGGUCGGAUCCCAAACCGACCCCGCCAACGGCGAAAAUCGAACCCUACCCAGGGACAUGAGAGCUACUGUGACCAUUGAGUACGCAAUCGUUGCGUUUUAGGAAGAGAAGAGAAAGGGAG